GCGGGGCUUCGGGUCUCUUCUCCACAGGUUUCCGAGCGGCGAGGUCCUGGAGGCUUUAGUUUAGGAAGGCGUUAUGCAAAAAUCCCCCAAGCUUGCUCAGCAGAUCUGAAAUGAGCAUUUCUUAAAGUCAGCUUUCUCCCAGAAGGGUCAUAUUCUUCGGAUCCCCAGCAUGUGACUGGGAGCCCAGACUGGACCUUCGUUCCCGUGCAGCCGGAAGGAUUCCCGUGGGGACUUCGGCGCUCCACUCUGUUUGUGUCUUGACGUUUGGAGUGGGAAUCCCAAUAUCCCCCUCUUUUUCAGAGAAGGAGCUCAUUGUGGAGAGCAAAACCUUUGGGAUUCAGCACUGGAGACACAAGGAGAAUUCUUUGAAGGAUGGUCUCCCACUCGGAGCUGAGAGAAAUUUUUUGCUCUGCUGAUGCCGUCUGUUUUGAUGUUGACAGUACGGUCAUUAGGGAAGAAGGAAUCGAUGAGCUGGCCAAGUUCUGCGGUGUUGGGGAUGCUGUGUCAGAAAUGACCCGCAGAGCUAUGGGUGGCGCGGUGACUUUCAAGGCAGCCUUAACAGAGCGGUUAGCACUGAUCCAGCCUUCCAGAGAACAGGUGCAGAAGCUGCUCUCGGACCACCCUCCCCACCUCACGCCGGGGAUCAGGGAGCUGGUGAGCCGUUUACAGCAGCGAAACGUUCAGGUCUUCUUAAUAUCUGGUGGGUUCAGGAGCAUCGUAGAACACGUCGCUUCCAAACUCAAUAUUCCAGCCACCAAUGUCUUUGCCAAUAGAUUGAAGUUCUAUUUCAAUGGUGAGUAUGCGGGUUUUGAUGAGAGCCAACUGACCGCCGAGUCGGGCGGGAAAGGCAAGGUGAUUGGACUCCUGAAGGAACGGUUCCAUUUUAAGAAAAUCGUAAUGAUUGGGGAUGGAGCCACCGACAUGGAAGCUUGUCCUCCAGCUGAUAUUUUCAUUGGCUUUGGAGGAAAUGUGAUUAGGCAACAAGUGAAAGAUAAUGCCAAGUGGUACAUCACUGAUUUUGGAGAGCUUCUUCAAGAACUGGAAAAGUGAUGUCCAAUUUGAAACAUAUGAAAUAUAUAUACAUAUAUAUUUUAUUAGCACUUCCAGAUUAAUUAAAAAGAAUACUUAUACAGA